AUGGCCAAAAGCGACAAGCCAGAAGAGGGAGACAAAGUCUCUUGGAAUUGGGGCAACGGUACUCCUGGAGGUACGGUAGCAGAAACGAAGGAUCAAGGGGCGAUUGAGAUCAAGACGCAGCACGGGAAUACUGUCAAAAGAAAAGCCGACGCGAGCAACCCUGCAGUCCGAAUCGAAAGAUCGGGCAAUGAUGUCGUCAAAAGAGCUUCGGAAUUGACAACCGAAGAAAAGAAAAAGGGCGGUCGGGGCAGUACCAAACGCAAGGCCAACGGUCAAGAUCCCGAAAAGUAUGAUGACGAGCAAGACGUGGAUGAAGAGAUCGAUGUUAUCUCGGACGGGGUUGACGAGGAACCUGAUACGAAGAAUAAACAGGACAGAGAAGUGAAUAAGGGCGGCAAAGAGACUAACAAGAAGCAGAAAAGGGGGCAGCAAGAUGUAUCUGACGAAGAAAACGGAGAUGAUAAGAAUAAAGGGGACAGUGAUGAGAAUGAGGAGGAAGAGGAGGGGGUAGAGGUAGGAGAAGAUGAAGAUGCAGAUUACGACGAAGUCGAAAGUAUUGAAGAUGAUGAUGAUGUAGAGGAUGAAAAGGAGAACGACAAAGAUCUGGGUGGUAAUAUUGGCAAUAUUGAGGAAGGAUCCAAAUCAACACCUAAUGUCAAUGGUAACGCGAAAAAGGACUCGACCCGACAACAUUAA